UCCAAUUACCCAUUUAUGCCCUUCAAUGAGGCACCAGGGACUCGUUGCUCUUGCAAUUAGACUCUGACAGAAAUUAUUUGCAUGUGUUAUUGUGUAGGCUGUGAGGGAGGUAGCAGUUAAAACAUCUGGACCACAGUGUCUUGGGAAGGAAACUUGUGGAGUCAGAGUCAUCAGGUAGAAGAGUCAUUGCUCUCUUGCCUCUAAAGAGCAACAGGGAAAAGGAAGCACAUUUCAAGAUGCCACCUGCAAAAAGACUUGCAGAACAGGUGAUUGUGCUCCUUCUUGGACAUCUCAGUGCUGGGGCACUUUCCUAAUCACAGCCAACACCAGCUCUUCUGCUAGGACUGGAGCUCGUUCUUCUCGUGCAGUCUGGAGGACUCUCUGGUCUCACCUGGAGCGCCCUGAUCUCUCUCUUACCUGGCCAGUGGGUUUCAUGAGAAUUUCCUCUACAACUGUCGAGAGAAAGCACCCGACUUUUGACAUCAGGCAGACCUUUUCUUCACUUACUGAAUAAUCUUGUGGAACACCAGAGCCCGCUGUGCAGCCAACCGAGAACCCAGCAGUAGACACCGGCGCAGCCAAGAGCACUUACUGGCUAAAAAAGGAAAUAACUUUCUAUAUGUGAAUUCUGGCCAAAUGGUGGCAGAUGCUGAAGAGUCUGGGAAUCCUGACCACUGUGGGCUGAGGCCCCCAAUGUAAUGAUUAAUUCUAGGAACAGCAUAUGCAAGAGAUGGCCAGCCAGUGAACCAGAAGCUAAAAGAAGAAACUCUGGGCCUCUUUAUAGGACUUUGGAAAAAGCCUCUGCAUUUCGUUUGUCCCCUUCCCCUGUCACAAUGGGUGACUGGAGCUUCCUGGGAGAGUUCCUGGAGGAAGUACACAAGCACUCCACAGUGAUCGGCAAGGUCUGGCUCACUGUCCUGUUCAUAUUCCGCAUGCUCGUGCUGGGAACAGCUGCUGAGUCUUCCUGGGGGGAUGAGCAGGCUGAUUUCCAGUGUGAUACCAUUCAACCUGGGUGCGAGAAUGUCUGCUAUGACCAAGCCUUCCCCAUUUCCCACAUUCGCUACUGGGUGCUGCAGAUCAUCUUCGUCUCCACACCAUCUCUGGUGUACAUGGGCCAUGCCAUGCACACUGUGCGUGUCCAGGAGAAGCGGAAGCUCCGGGAAGCAGAGAGAGCCAAAGAGGUCCGUGGGACUGGCUCUUAUGAGUACCCGGUGGCUGAGAAGACAGAGCUAUCCUGCUGGGAGGAAGUGAAUGGGAGGAUAGUCCUCCAGGGCACUCUGCUCAACACCUAUGUCUGCACCAUCCUGAUCCGCACCACCAUGGAGGUGGCCUUCAUUGUGGGCCAGUACCUUCUCUACGGGAUCUUCCUGAACACCUUACAUGUCUGCCGCAGGAGUCCUUGCCCCCACCCAGUCAACUGUUAUGUAUCCAGGCCCACAGAGAAGAAUGUCUUCAUUGUCUUUAUGCUGGCUGUCGCUGGAUUGUCCCUCUUCCUCAGCCUGGCUGAACUCUACCACCUGGGCUGGAAGAAGAUCAGACAGAGAUUUGUCAAGCCACAGCAGGGCAUGACUGAACGCCAGCUUCCUGGUCCCUCUGCAGGCAUAGGCCAGAGCUGCACACCUCCCCCUGACUUCAAUCAGUGCCUGGAGAAUGGCCCUGGGGGAAAGUUCUUCAGUCCCUUCAGUAACAAUAUGGUCUCCCAGCAGAACACAGACAACCUGGUCACUGAGCAAGUGCCAGGCCAGGAGCAGAUUCCUAGGGAGGGUUUCAUCCAGAUCCAUUAUGGCCAGAAGCCUGAGGUGCCCAAUGGAGUCUCACCAGGUCACCGCCUCCAGCAUGGCCAUCAGAGUGACAAGCGCCGUCUUAGCAAGGCCAGCAGCAAGGCCAGGUCAGAUGACCUAUCAGUGUGACCCUCAAACAUGGGAGGACCAGGAGAAGGUGGGGGAGAAAGGAGACCCAGAGAGGGAAAAUGGGUCCCUCUAGCCCUGUGUUCUUAGUCUCGUCAUUUCUCUGAUCCUUUUGGGCCCUAUGUCCACUGGCAUUGCUUAUUAGCUCUAGAAGGUAUAACCAGGGCUCUGAGAAAAAGGAGAUGUGAUGACCCACCAGCUGCUGCCCCUUCCCAUCCUCUACCUUGUAUACUCAGUGACAUCUUUUGGAUUACUUAUUGAAUAAAGUAGAGGAAGGGAAGGGAACCUUGGUAAAAUCUGGCCUGGGAAGGAUAGCCACAGGAAUAGAACACCAGAAACAUACCAGAUAGGCUUCCAUGACCUGAUCAUCAAAGAACCCUAACCCUAGCCCAAGGAAGAUUUCAGAGUUCUCAGCCAAGAGAGAGGAGCAAAUAACUUGCAAUAUAUGUCCUCUGGAAUCUUGUUUCCAUGGGCCAUAUCUUGGAGUUGGUGAGGUGACCUUAGGCUGCCCUUGGCUACUCCUUCCUCUAUUCAUUUUCAAAAAGGGAUCCUCAGAACUUGACCAUCAGUCUCAACUUUAGAAGUGUUUUGGUAUGUACCUCUGGCAAAUUUCCCAUGUUGGUGAUAUUUCGGUCUUUUCUUUUGCCAGAGUGCUGGUGGCCACAGGGCACCAGCUCUUAUAGGAAGCCACUGUGCACCCAAACUCCACUGGAAUUCUUGCCACUACCUGUUAUCCUGUGGCUCCUUUACAGUUCAACCCAAUGAUAGAAACCAUCCUUACCUGUCCUCCCUGGGCUGUUUGUCUAGUGUUCCUCUAAAGAUCUCAUCAACAGGAACGCCCAGAAGUCAUUGUCUUUCUCAGAUUCUGACCAGAUCACCAACCACUGAAGUCAGUGGAAUUUCCCUAGGACUUAUUAAAACAAAGACAGAAUUGUGCUUCUUAGAUUCCUCUUGGGAAAAAAUAAUUCUGCUGCAAAGAUGAAAAUAAAAAAGGAGAGAAGACACUGAAAAACUAUUUUUCCCUCCUAUUUAUUUCUCUUAUUGACUGCCAACUUAGAAUGCCAAGAGGAGGUGUGAUGACAACCAUUGAGAUACAAGAUCUCUCUCUCUCUCUCUCCCUGGAGGUGUUGGCAGGGUCAUAGAAGCAAUAAGGGAAUCUCCAGUUUUUUUUGGCAAGGCCCUUAUUUAAAGGGACAAAGAUUCCAUGUGUCUCUGGUAUCCCUAAAGAAACUGCCAAGUGGGGGAUGCAGAAAAGCUCUGCCAUCCUCUGAUACUGGUCUGGUGUCUCUCCUGAGUGAAUCCAUAAUGGGUGGCUCCAUUUUGAAUGCAGAUAAAGGAUGCUCAGAAUCUGGAUAGUGACAUUAUUACCUUUGAAAAUGCAUGUGUGUGUGUGUGUGUGUGUGUGUGUGUGUGUGUGUGUGUGUGCGCGCGCAUGCUGUCAGGAUGGCCAAGGAAGGGGAGUCCUGAAGUAAGGAUAUUGUAAAGAAACUAGGGUCUUUCUGCCUUCGUGGUCAGUUGCUUGGCAGAGGAGCUAGUCUUGCUGCCUUAGCAUUAUUAUCCUGAAUAGAUGGGUAUGAGAGGUCAGGAUAGAGGAUGGGAAAGUUCAGAAGGAGACUCAACCUCUGCACCACCUCCCAUCUCUGGGUCCCUCUGCUGAUAUUUGAAUACUGUUAAAAAGGAUGAGAGCAGGGAUGGCAAGGAAUUGACUGGGAUACCAUUUAGAAAAGAAUGACUGGUUAUCCCAGGUCCUGGAGGGGACAUAUUUUUAUCUGUUAUCUGGCACUGGCAUUAAGAUUCUCUCUUUGUCCAUCUCUGAAGUGUGUGUGUGUGUGUGUGUGUGUGUGUGUGUGUGUGUGUUAAUGAAAUGCAUGUUUUUGAAUUAGAAAUUCUGUGAGAUCAGUUCUUGAUGGUAAAAUUUUACAGGAAGACAAAAGGAAGUAAUAUGUGUAAUUUUUCUUAAUAAAAUCUGUCUGUACACCUA